GGCUCUUGAGUCCAGUCCCUUUCCCUUCACAGAGGGAAGUAAAAGCCCACACUGCCUGGCCAGGACAUUUUAGGAGAUCAGAAAAAUGAUGAUCUGGCCCCAUUCUUGCAUCUCCUUUUGCUGGAUUUAUUUUGCUGCUUCCAGACUGAGAGCUGUAGAAACAGCAGAUGGAAAAUAUGCUCAGAAGUUGUUUAAUGACCUUUUUGAAGAUUAUUCCAAUGCUCUUCGUCCAGUAGAAGACACAGAUAAAGUCCUGAAUGUCACGCUGCAGAUUACCCUUUCUCAGAUUAAGGAUAUGGAUGAAAGAAACCAAAUUCUGACCGCCUAUCUAUGGAUCCGCCAAAUCUGGCACGAUGCGUAUCUCACGUGGGAUCGAGACCAGUAUGAUGGGCUGGACUCCAUCAGGAUUCCCAGUGACCUGGUGUGGAGGCCAGACAUUGUUCUUUAUAACAAGGCUGAUGACGAGUCUUCAGAGCCGGUAAAUACCAAUGUGGUCCUGCGGUACGAUGGACUCAUCACCUGGGAUUCACCAGCCAUCACCAAAAGUUCCUGUGUGGUGGAUGUCACCUACUUCCCCUUUGAUAACCAGCAGUGCAACCUGACUUUUGGUUCCUGGACCUACAAUGGCAAUCAGGUGGACAUAUUCAACGCUCUGGACAGUGGAGAUCUCUCGGAUUUCGUCGAAGAUGUGGAAUGGGAGGUCAAUGGCAUGCCUGCCGUGAAGAAUGUGAUCUCCUACGGCUGCUGCUCUGAGCCUUACCCAGAUGUGACCUUCACCCUCCUUCUGAAGAGGAGGUCCUCAUUCUAUAUAGUCAACCUCCUCGUCCCUUGUGUCCUCAUAUCUUUUCUCGCUCCCUUGAGUUUUUAUCUUCCAGCAGCCUCUGGGGAGAAGGUCUCCCUGGGAGUGACCAUCCUAUUGGCCAUGACUGUGUUUCAGCUCAUGGUGGCAGAGAUCAUGCCAGCCUCAGAAAAUGUCCCUCUGAUAGGAAAAUACUACAUAGCCACCAUGGCCUUGAUCACAGCCUCCACGGCCUUGACCAUAAUGGUGAUGAAUAUCCACUUCUGCGGGGCCGAGGCCCGGCCCGUGCCUCACUGGGCCAAGGUGGUCAUCCUGAAGUACAUGUCCAGGAUCUUGUUUGUCUACGACGUGGGGGAGAGCUGCCUCGGCCCUCGCCACAGCAGGGAGCGGGACCACCUCCCCAAGGUGUAUGGCAAACUCCCAGAGUCCAACCUGAACACAGCCAGGAACAAAGACCUUCCCAGAACAAAGGAAAUGAACAAACUCUUAAAGAAUGACCUGGGGUGCCAGGGUGAGAACCCACAGGGUGCGGAUGGUUACUGUGCACGGUAUGAAGCGCUGACAAGAAAUAUCGAGUACAUAGCCAAGUGCCUCAAAGAUCACAAGGCCACCAACUCCAAGGGGAGCGAAUGGAAGAAGGUUGCGAAAGUCAUAGACCGGUUUUUCAUGUGGAUUUUUUUCAUCAUGGUGUUUGUGAUGACUAUUUUGAUCAUAGCAAGAGCGGAUUAGGAGACAUUUGAUACCUGGGGUGAAAUCAAUAAAAUUCCCUGCGAUCUCCUCCAGUGUUCUUUUAAGCCAGAUUGUUGUUCAAAUGUAGUUUAGGGGUUUUGUUGUUUGUACUUUUUAUUUUUGACUUCAAAUCCACAUUGCAGCUAUCUGUCAGGUUAAAAGGCGAUCCAAAAGUUCAAAGGCCGGGAAACUGGAGGAAAUAAGGAAAGACUCCUUUCAUAACCUUCCAGAAUGUUGGGUGACACCUCUAAUUGACACAACUAUUCACCUCUUUUGCUGUUCAGAUAACAAAGCACUGCAAAUUAGUGUUUAAAAUUUAAAGGAAAAAAAAGAAAAAGAAAAAACAAGACAAAAACGUUUUCCCAUUCUUCCCUUAGUUCAUACUAAAAUAUGCUUUU